AUGAAAGAUCAAAUUGAGGAGUCAAUGCAAGAGAAGAAUUUAGCAUGUGAAAAAGAUGAAGCUACGACUCCAACUGCGGGAACUAAGGUAGAAUCUAAAAGUUCUGUUCCUACUUAUGUUCCCUCCCUUCCAUUUCCUAGCAGGUUUGCAAAGUCUAAAAAGGAUGAACAUGAGAAAGAAAUCUUGGAAGCUUUUCGCAGGGUUCAAGUAAACAUACCACUUUUGGAUGCAAUUUAUCAAGUGCCUUGUUAUGCAAAGUUUCUCAAGGAUUUGUGCACUAACAAGCAUAGAUUGAAAGGUAAUGGUGUGGUAAGUGUAGGAAAAAAUGUCUCAGCAGUCUUGCAAAAGAAACUUCCACCAAAAUGUAAGGACCCUAGAAGUUUUACCAUCCCUUGCAUUAUUGGUAACACUAGGUUUGAAAAGACAAUGCUAGAUUUAGGAGCAUGUAUUAAUGUCAUGCCAUAUUCUAUUUAUGCUUCCUUAAAUCUAGGAUCACUUAAAGAAACCAGUGUUUUUAUUCAACUUGCUGAUAGAUCUAAUGCAUUUUCAAAGGGUGUGUUGGGGGAUGUUUUGGUACAGGUAAAUCAAUUGAUUUUUCCGGCAGAUUUCUAUGUUCUUGACAUGCAAGAUGAACCAAUAUCUUUAUCACCACCGUUGCUCUUGGGAAGACCAUUUAUGAGGACUGUGCGUACAAAGAUAGAUGUGCAUGAUGGUACAUUGACAAUGGAGUUUGAUGAUUCAUUAGUACAAAAAGUUUUUGAAUUAUCAAAUGAAGAUGCAUUGGAUACCACUUUGAUUAAAAGCAUUGAUGCUAACAAUCUCACCAGGUUGAGCAAAAAUUUACAAGCCCCUACUUUGGAACUCAAACCUCUUCCUAAGCAUUUGAAGUAUGUAUAUUUGGGAGAAGGAGAAACACUACUGGUGAUUAUUGCAAAGAAUCUCACAACACUUCAAGAAGAUAUGCUUAUCCGUGUGCUCAAAGAACACAAAAUAGCUAUUGGUUGGACAAUAGCCGAUAUCAAGGGGAUAAGCUCUUCUAUGUGCAUGCAUUGGAUAUUGCUCGAAGAUGGAGCAAAGCCAUCAAGAGAAGCACAACGUCGCUUGAAUCCUCCCAUGAUGGAGGUGGUGAAGUAA